AUGGGUAAUUAUUUCAGUUCUAUGUUUGAUAGAUUAUGGGGUACUAAUAAAGAACUACGUAUCCUAAUAUUAGGGUUAGAUGGUGCAGGUAAGACGACAAUUUUGUACAGAUUACAAAUCGGUGAAGUAGUGACUACAAAGCCAACCAUUGGUUUCAAUGUAGAGACUCUUUCAUACAAAAACUUAAAAUUAAAUGUUUGGGAUUUAGGUGGCCAAACAAGUAUUAGACCCUAUUGGAGAUGUUACUAUGCCGACACCGCAGCAGUUAUAUUCGUAGUGGAUUCCACCGAUAAAGAUCGUAUGGCCACAGCAGCUAAAGAACUUCAUAUGAUGUUGCAAGAAGAAGAAUUGCAGGAUUCCGCAUUGUUAGUGUUUGCCAAUAAACAAGAUCAACCAGGUGCAUUAUCGGCAAGUGAGGUAUCAAAACAACUUAACUUGGUGGAAUUGAAAGAUAGGAGUUGGUCGAUAGUGGCAUCAAGCGCAAUAAAGGGCGAAGGUAUAAGCGAAGGUUUAGAUUGGUUGAUCGAUGUUAUAAAAGAAGAACAGUUAUAA